AUGCCGGACGGAGGAGAGGACUGGAUCGGGCAGGACGGUCCGGCGGGCGUGCGGGCGACGAAGGAGAAUUACAGGACGCGGGCUGGUAUGGACGUUUAUGCGACCGCCACGUCCACCGCCCACUCCGGCCCCACACUUUUUGUGUCCAGCAAGGUCAUGGUGUUGAACGAUUCUCCUUGA